CAGUGCGUAGGGAAGGGAGCGUGCACAAUUCCUGCUGUUCUAUCGCAGUGUGUGUGUAUGGGGGAAUGUGCACGCGCACGCUGCUCAGGGAUACAGGAGUGUAAACAAAGCUGAUGCCGAGCUGCUGGGGUCCAAGGCUGAGCUCAGAGAGAUAGAGGACGGUGGUUGUGAACGGCCUGCAUCCUGCCAUUCAUUGGUUAGAUCAGCAUUGGAAGGAGGUGCCCAGCAUAAUGGUCAAACUGUCAGCUAAGUGUAUUGUAGCCGGUGACUCAACAGUUGGGAAAAGCACACUGAUUCAGCUGUUUCGAAGUGAUGGAAGCCACUUCCAGAAGAACUACACUAUGACCACUACCAUGGAUGUGAUUAUGAAAACUGUACCGAUUCCAGAUACUGGUGAUAGUGUGGAACUUUUUCUGUGUGACUCUCCUGGGAAGGCAAUGUUUUAUGAGAUGACAGAAAUGUUGUGGGACCAGCCUGGUGCUUUGUGUUUGGUGUUUGAUGUAACCAGUGAGACAUCUUUUACUGACUGUUCAAGAUGGCUGCAGAGAGUGAAAUCCAAAACCAUGAGCCCUCACCUCCCAGGAGUUCUGGUGGCAAACAAAACAGACCUAACUGGCCGCAGAGUGGUGGAGAAGAAUCAAGCUGAAGAGUGGGCAGUGAGCCACGGAUUGGAGUAUUUUGAGACAUCCGCGAAGGAGCUGGAAAACUAUGAUCAACCAUUUCGAGCACUGGCAAAAGCAUUUCAUCGUUUGUACCAAGAGAGAGUGGAAGGAUUCAGAAAUCUUCUGUAGACUCAAGCUGCCUGUUUCCAUCUGGAUUGUGGGGCUACAGUCAAAGGCUGGGUUGUAAGCAUUGUUAUACAGUCUUCAUUAAUGUUUGCGUUGUAUAGGACUAUUGUUGGGGGGGAAAUGUAAUUGUGGAACAUGUUAAUAUUUUUGCAAAUAUAUAUUUUUAUAUAUUUUA